GACUUCCGGUUCGGUGGCCUGACACUGGCGCACGGCUGUCGACAGGGCUCGAGGGUCGUUUUGGUGCGGUGGCUCGGCACCUCAGCCCUCCAGAGUGCCAUGAGGUCGGUUAGCUAUGUGCAGCGCGUGGCGCUGGACUUCAGCGGGAGUCUCUUCCCGCACGCCAUCUGCCUCGGAGACGUCGAUAACGACGCGGUGAGUGCAUGCGCACUGCAAACGACAGUAUUUGGGCGGGGCGAAAUAUGGGAAAGUGGCGUGAGGUGCGCUUGCGCACUGGGGUCAACAUGGCGUGUGGGGGAGAAAAUUUUGAUUGACAGUAUUGGCCCCUGACCAUCACUGCAGGCGGCUUAGUUGGGCCAGAUCCUCUAGUAAAGUUAUUUUUUGUUUUAACUUUAAAUUUUAUGUGUAGUGUGUUUUGCUUGCAUGUAUAUCUAUGCACCGUGUGCGAGCAGGGCCCAGGGAGGCCAGAAGAGGAACGUUGGAUUCCCUAGAAAUGGAGUUACAGACACUUGAGAGCUGCCACGUAGAUGCUAGGAAUUGAACCCUAUUCAUCUGGAAGAGCAGCUAGUGUCCUAAUCGCUGAGUCAUCUCUCCAGCUGUAUUUUAUUUUUAUUAUUAUUAAUUUUUAAGAGGAUAAGUAGUUGGUUCUCUUGCUCAGUUCAGUGACUUGUCAGGGUAGGAGGUUGUAAAAGCCUGUUUCCUGCAUUAUUUCCUUUCGUAGUCGCAAUACCUUUGCAAACAUCUUUACUUUUCAAAGCUCUUUUUUUUUUUUAGCCUGUAAAGUGAAUUUAAUAAUAUCCCUCUACCUAUGACUUUGCCUCCCCUGCCCAUCCCCCAUGCUACCAUGCUUGCCCAUAUUCAUGAUUGUUAUUGCCUUUGUCUCCUGCACUGGAAUCAACCGGUAGAUACUCUGCUGCCUCCAACCUACAGAAGAUACCCCACAAUAAGUGUUGACCAUGUCGGGCUUCUACUGUGCCUACCCAGAAUAGACUCAGGUGUCGGGUGACUUUGUAGUGCUACCUCUUGUUGAAUUACAAAAGCAAUUUCCACCUACUUUGUUUUCUGUCCUAGGCAGUCGUUCCUUUUCUCAUCAUUUAAAUAGAUAAAUGCAGAUUAAACAGGCGAAGCAAUGACAGGCACACAGUUAAGGCUCUGGAACUGUCAGUGUUAACAAUAUUAGCAGCCCUCCCAAACCCACCAGACCUACCAUAGGAAAUAUUCAAAAAGGUGGGGUGGGGGGGGAACUGUACCUAGUAUGUUCAGAUUUCAUUUCUUGAUACCAUUACUUAAACUGCACAGUACAGCAUAACCUAAGGGAGGGGAUACUUUGAGGAAAGCAUUAUUGGAUUACUUUGUUGUCCUAACGUUAUAGUGUUUGCUUGCACAAACCUGAAUGUAUUUAUCCUGAUACAUGGAGCCCACCACUGACCAAAGUAUAUGCAGUGUGGGUCUGUAUUCAGAUAAUCCUGGAGAUGAUUAAAUACGUAGCGGCAUCCUGGGGAUGCAGCUACCAAACACUUGCCUAACUGUGAACAAAGCCCUGGAUUGAAUUCUCAGAACCACAAAAAUAAAUAAAAGAAUGAGAAUCAAGCUGGAUGUGAUGACGCACACCUUCAGUCCCAGCAUUUGGAAGGCAAGAGCAGGUGGGAUCUCAAGUUGGAGUCUAGCCUCAUCUACAGAGCAAGUUGCAAGACAGCCAGAGCUACACGGAAACCACGUCUUGAAACACCAAAAAUGAAAAAGAAAAGAAAUGAAAAUAUACAUGGGGUUAUGUGCAGAUGUUACUGUAUGGUUUGGUAUAAGGAACUUGAUUUGAGUAUUCACGGAGUUCCUAUGAUCAAUGCCCCACAGAUACAGAGGUUCAACCGUCAUUUAUGCUGUCCUUAUUUUUCUUGCCCAAGUUGGGAACUCUGAAGUUACAAAUGCUUGUGAGCUGUUGUGUGGAUGCUGGGAACCAAACCUGAGUACCCUGCAAGAGUAUUAAAUGAGCUGGUAGUAGGAGACACCAGCGGAAAACUGUACGUGUAUAAGAGUGAUGACAGCCGGCCGUGGCUUACCUGUGCAUGCCAGGGAAUGUUGACUUGCGUUGGGGUCGGAGAUGUCUGCAAUAAAGGGAAGAACCUGGUGGUAGCAGUCAGCGCAGAAGGCUGGCUUCACUUGUUUGACCUGACACCCACCAAGGCUCUGGAUGCUUCUGGGCACCAUGAGACACUUGUCGAGGAGCAGCGACCUGUCUUCAAGCAGCACAUCCCUGCCAACACAAAGGUCAUGCUGAUCAGCGACAUCGAUGGAGAUGGGUGUUAUGAGCUGGUGGUAGGAUACACAGACCGUGUGGUGCGGGCCUUCCGCUGGGAAGAGCUGACUGAGGGGCCUGAACACCUGGCAGGGCAGUUGGUGUCCCUCAAGAAGUGGAUGCUGGAGGGUCAGGUAGACAGUCUCUCUGUGACCCCAGGACCCCUGGGUGUGCCUGAGCUGGUUGUGUCACAGCCAGGGUGUGCUUAUGCAGUUCUCCUGUGCACCUGGAACAAGGACACUGGCUCCCCUCCUGCCUCUGAGGAGGCCACAGGAGACAGUAGGGAGACCCCAGCUGCCCGAGAUGUGGUACUGCACCAGACCUCUGGCCGGAUCCACAACAAGAACGUUUCCACUCACCUAAUUGGCAACAUCAAACAAGGUCAUUACCCUGAAAGUGGUAACGCAGGCCUCUUUGCCCUGUGUACCUUAGAUGGAACACUGAAGCUGAUGCAGGAAGCAGAUAAGUUGCUGUGGUCUGUGCAGGUGGAUCACCAGCUCUUUGCCCUGGAAAAGCUGGAUGUCACGGGCAAUGGGCUUGAGGAGGUGGUAGCCUGUGCCUGGGAUGGACAGACAUAUAUCAUCGAUCACAACCGCACUGUUGUGCGCUUCCAAGUGGAUGAAAAUAUCCGUGCCUUCUGUGCAGGCCAGUACGCCUGCAAAGAGGGCCGCAAUAGUCCCUGCUUGGUCUAUGUCACUUUCAAUCAGAAGAUCUAUGUGUACUGGGAAGUGCAGCUGGAACGCAUGGAGUCCACUAAUCUUCUGAAGCUGCUGGAGGCCGAGCCUGAGUACCACAGCCUACUGCAGGAGCUGGGUGUGGUCUCUUCUUGGCCUUCAGAUCCUGAGGAUCUUCCUGCAGUCUGUACCCUGCUUCAGCAGACUCUCUACCAUCCGGAUCAGCCACUACAAUGUACCCCGUCAAGCUUCCAGGACCCCACCUAACUAGGCUUGAUCACUUAGCUGGUGAAGGAUCCUUCUGAGUCCCCAACCCUACCCCAAAGUGAUCUUGGCAGGAUGGGGAAUGUAUAUUACAGAGGAGCAAGACUUGGUUCUCAGCAUGGAUGGAUGGUGGACCCCAGAGAGCUUUUGAUGAAGAGAUGGGUUGCCUCUUUGCUUGUUGCCCCAUGGUCCCCUUCCCGUGCUCCCUGCUCUGAUUGUUUGUGAGACAAGGCAGCAAACCUUUGCCAUGAUCCAACACCUGAAAGGCUUCAGGCCUGAGGGAGCAUGGAGGUGACCCCGAGACCCUCUGCUGAGCACCGACUUUCAUAGCUCUAGGCAGCUGACACAGUAGUUAUCACAGGAAUGGCAGAGUUUGUUCAGGGCAUCUUUUAGGAUAUUUUCCUGUCUCCUCAUCUUCCUGUGUUUCCAUUUACUGAAGCAAUUAGGUCAGGGCUUUCCGUUUUGUCAUAAUCUCUCUCUCUCUCUCUCUCUCUCUCUGGUUUUGUUUUGGGGUUUUGUUUGUUGUUUUCUAUGUCUGUGUGUGCACAGAGGUGGAACCCAGGGCCUUUCACAGGCUAGCCAAGCACUCUGCUAUCAGCUGCAUCCCAGAACUGCCACACUCUGAGGUAGCGACUGCCUGUAGUAGACGCUCAGAGUUUGCCUCUGUCUUACAUGAUGGUGCACCAGUGUAAUCCCAGUUCUGGGAGGAAGAUCAUGAGUCUAAAGCCAGCCAUUUGAGACCAGCGUGGGUCACAUUUGGAGAUCUUACCUCAAAUAAACAAGACAAAACAAAAA